AUGGCCCAUCGUGUUCGUGAUCGUUUUCAAGCUUCAACGGAGACCAGUCCUUGGGAAUUGCUAUGGAAGGAUGGUUUGACGCCGUGGGAUAUAGGACGUCCUACGCCUCUUCUGUGCAAGGAGCUAGAGCGAUUUAGUCUCGUCGGGUCGAAGCGGACACUGCAUACUCUAGUACCUGGCUGCGGUGCUGGAUACGACCUCGCUACGUUGGCAGCUCACCACGGCCAGUUGCUCGACCUCGGCAAAAUCGACUCAGCAUCCGUAACUGGUUUGGAUCUCUCCGAAAAUGCUUUGCAGAGUGCCAGGCGAAACAUUGCGCCGCUCAUCAGUUCAAAUCUCUCCGACAAGCUCUGUUUGAAUCUGAUCUGCGGAGACUUCUUCAACGCAAACACGUGGAAAGUCGUACAUUCUGUUGAAAGUGAUCACAGCAAAAUUGCAGCUGUGUUGUCAGGAAGUCCUGUUUUUGAUUUCAUUUUCGAUUACACGUUUUUCUGCGCCCUCUCUCCAUCGAUGAGGAAUGCUUGGGGGCGUCAAACAUCACUGUUGCUGGAUCCGGAAACUGGCCAGCUACUGACACUUAUAUUUCCCAUCACGCCAGAGGAAGAUGCAGAAAAGGGGCCUCCGUAUCCAGUUUCCGUAGCGGACUAUCGAAAGGCUUUGGAACCAAACAACUUAGUUAUACGGACGGGACCGUACGAGAGCGAAGAAACCAUAAGGCAAAGGAAGGGGAUUGAACAGGUGUGCUGGUGGAAUACUUGA